UAAAAAGUGUAGGACAGGAUUAGGAAGAGCUAAGCUGCCGUGAAGAAAACAUCUCAGCUAUUUUCAUCUGCAAAAGGACAAGCAGACGACAAGAGGCAAUCAAAAGAUUUUCAAAAAUGGCGACUGUGUCUCUUAGCAUGGAAUUCGAAGGAUUAGUGAUGAAGGAUGAGGAGGUGGAGGAUGAAGACGACGCAGCCGUGCAGUAUAUGAUCCAACAAAGCCUGUUGGACGCCAACAAACACAAGCAAGUCGGCACAAGUGCCACAACAACACACAGCUCUGAGGGCGCAGACGGUGUCUCCAUUUUCACCGCAAUAAGGCAAGGCCGUGAGAAGCCGGCGGAGGAUCUGAGCGUCAACCACAAAGAGGUUUUCUUCCAAACGGACGGCCGAGGAGGGACGGCCCUCCACGAGGCUUCGGCCCAGAGCAACCGAACCACGCUGGAGCUCACUUACGCAGCUACGGGCGACGAGGCCCUGGAGCGUCGGACGGCGCGAGGCGAAACGCCGCUCUUUCUGGCCGUGGAGCGAGGCCUCCUGGACAACGCCGACUUCCUGGUUAGAUGCGGCGCCCGGCCCGACGCGCAGAACCGGGACCAGGACUCGCCGCUGCUCGUAGGUGGGUUUUUGUACUCCUCUAGAGUGUUCAAAAAAAGAAUCCUAAAAGGUGGAAAACUCAAUUUCUGCGACGGCGGCGGUGCGUGGCGGCACCUUCGGAGGGGGGCGGCCGUCGACCGGGCGGGCCGCCACGACCGGCGGCCGCUCCGCGAGGCCUCGCCGGGGGACGGGGCGGCGCCCGACGCCCGCGGGCGCUUCGGACUCACGCCGCUGGCUCUGGCCGCGCAGGCGGGACACCUGGAGGUGGCCGAGGUCCUCCUCGGGGAAGCAGUCGGACCGAGCGAGUAUUCGAUUGUCGAUGCCGCGGCAGGAGCGGACGCGCUGUCGCAGGCUCAGGACGAGGCGUCCGUGCUGUACGAGUCGUGCGUCGGCGGGCACCUGCCCGUACACCGCGCCGCCCACAGGGGGCACCUGCGAGCCCUGACGCUGCUGAUUCCAGUCACUUCCACGGAAGACAUUUACAACAGCGGAAUGAGUCCAUUACAUUGCGCGGCUGCCGGGGGACACGCACACUGCAUCCAGGCGCUGCUGGAGGCGGGUUUCGACCCCAACUACAUGCCGCACCCGAGCGUGCGUCGCGGCUACGACGACGAGAGGAAGUCGGCGCUCUUCUUCGCCGUGUCCAACAACGACCUGCCGUCGGUGCGCCUCCUGCUGGAGGCCGGCGCCAUGACCAACCAGGACCCCGUCAAGUGUCUGCAGGUGGCUCUGCGUUUCGGCAACUACGAGUUGAUCCGAACGUUGCUGCGAUACGGCGCCAACGUCAACUUUUACUCCAGAAUCAACACCACGCAUUUCCCAUCGGCCCUGCAGUACGCGCUCAACGACGAGGUGGUUGUGAGGAUGCUGUGUAACUACGGUUACCACGUGGAGCGUUGUUUCGACUGUCCCUAUGGCAACGGAUCGCACGUUCCCGAGGAUUAUGAAGGCUGGACCAACACUGUCAUCAAAGACACCAUGUUCUGCGAGGUGAUCACGGUGUCGUGGCUCAAGCCCCUGUCUGGUCACGUGGUCCGGGUUCUGCUGGACUACGUGGAUCACGUGACCCUGUGCAGCAAACUCAAGGCGGCAGUCAUGGAGCAGCAGCAGUGGGGCGACAUCUGCAGGCUGCAAGAAAACGCCCGCUGCCUGCAGCAUCUGUGCCGCCUGCGCAUCCGCAGCUGCCUGGGCCGCCUGCGCCUGCGCUCGCCCAUCUUCAUGAGCUUCCUGCCGCUGCCGCCGCCGCUCAAGGACUACGUCCUGUACCGCGAGUACGACCUGCACGGACAACUGAAGAAUGCGCACACGUGAUUCAUAUUUUUUACUUGUUGCUACAAAACACAUGGAGUCACGCGGCUAAUUAAAGGCCUCGAUUAGGGCUUUCCAGAUAUGUAAUUAUAAUAUCAAUAACCCUGCAUGUGAUGAGGUAAUGACCAAAAAUAUGUUUUUGUCAAAUUUGACGAGUAACCAGCUCAAACAAAAUCAAUUUACAAAAAAGUACAGAGAGUAAUACCUCAAAUCAAAUGUCAUAGAGGGGGCUUUCCACAUUUGUAAUUAUUUUGUAAACAUAUCCUCAUAUGAUUAAGUCAUGACCAAAAAUAUGUAUUUUUAAUUACAGGGUCAAUUCUUUUGCAACAAAGUAAAUUUUCGUACCUCAAAGCUCAUCAGAGCUUUUCAGAUCCUUAAUAUAUAAUUGGGGGAGGGGGGUUAAAUUGGGUGGGUGUCAAAUUUGAUUAGUAACAGGGCCAAAUAUCAAUUUGCAACGAAGUACAUACAGUAAAGUGGCACAUUAAAUUUCCCAUGCUAUAACAUUUUUUUUUUUUUUUUUUCCAAUAAUCGAUGUCCUGGCGGUUUAGUGUUUAAAGGAUGUUACAUUCAAUCGACAAACCGAAUAGAUGUCACUUUAACCAGGUCACAGACUCAUUUUGACCUAAUUUAUGCAUAAAAAAGUGUGCGGGGGCUGAUCUUGAUAGCAUGGGACCUUUAAAUGAAAUGUCAUCAUGACAGCUUUCCAUAUCUGCAAUUAUGUUGCCAAUAAAUCAACAUAGCAUGAAGGACAAAAACUUUUUGUUUUUCCUAACCUGACUUAUUGGAAAGAAAAAUGCUCAUCAGGGGGGGGAUAAUUAAAAAAAAAAAAAAAAAAAAGUACACCAGGAGGCCAAAACCAUCUGGAAAGUUUUAAUCUCACGGUCACUGUUCUACCAAACAGUUAGGGAUUGUGUCAGCUGUAGAAAAUAAAUGCAAGUAAUAUAUAUCCAUGACAACAUCCAGGUGUGUAGGGGAGGGCGGCUCAUGCGACGCCUGAAAGCGGGGUGGGGGGCCU